AUGCGAACACGGUUUACAUCGGCCUUGUUGACUGCUAUGCAAGCGCCCCCGUCAAAUCUCAUCAUCAUCUUUCAGUCAAGUAUAGCACAUCACUGAGCCCGAAGCCGGAGAGGGACGCUAUACUGUUCUUUGAGACGAUUGCCGCGCGAAGAGGUUCUCUUCACGCAACAAAGACCCGUGUGAAACUUGAUAUCGUUUCGGCCACACGAACUUUUGACUUCCUUCUUCUACCUCCACCUCGUGGUCAUAACCAUCUGAACCGCGCCAUCGAGCCAGGCCAUCCCAGCCGUUUUGGUUUUUAUUCAUCCUUGACUCCUCAAAAAAUCUACCGCUCCGCUUUUUUGCGCGUCAGAUUUGCCACUACCAAUGUCACAAGCAGCCAUUUCUUCAUCUUCAUCCACCCCUGUGCCCGCCAAUUCUGAGUGGAAAGCUAAUCUUCGCCCACCACCAAAAGACGCAAGACCGCAAACUCUCGAUGUUACCGCCACGAAGGGGAUGGAAUUCGAGGACAUGUUCCUCCGCCGAGAACUGCUUAUGGGCAUAUUCGAAGCAGGUUUUGAAAAGCCUUCGCCCAUCCAGGAAGAAGCCAUCCCCAUCGCAUUGACUAAACGCGACGUGCUUGCACGCGCCAAGAACGGGACGGGCAAGACCGCCGCAUUCACGAUCCCUGCCUUGCAGCAGGUCGAUGUCACCAAGAACAAGAUUCAAGCGCUCUUACUGGUCCCUACUCGGGAACUUGCACUGCAGACCUCACAAGUCUGUAAGAACUUGGGAAAGCACAUGGGCGUCCAAGUCAUGGUUACAACUGGUGGAACAACGCUCAAGGACGAUAUCAUGCGAUUAUCCGAAACGGUUCAUGUACUGGUUGGUACACCCGGCCGUAUACUCGACCUUGCCGGCAAAAGUGUGGCCGACCUGAGCGAGUGUCCCGUAUUUGUUAUGGAUGAGGCAGACAAGCUUCUGUCUCCGGAAUUCUCGCCGGUUAUGGAGCAGCUUUUGUCAUAUCUGCCUCCGCAGAGACAGGUCAUGUUGUUUAGUGCCACGUUCCCCAUGAUCGUGAAAGAUUUCAAGGAGAAGCAUAUGAAAGCUCCCUACGAGAUCAACCUCAUGGAUGAAUUGACUCUGCGUGGUGUUACACAGUACUACGCCUACGUCGAGGAGAGACAAAAGGUGCACUGUUUGAACACGCUCUUCUCCAAGCUGCAAAUCAACCAGUCGAUUAUCUUUUGCAACUCUACGAACCGGGUCGAAUUGCUCGCCAAGAAAGUCACAGAGUUGGGAUACUCUUGCUUCUACUCGCACGCGAAAAUGUUGCAGUCACACCGUAACCGCGUGUUCCACGAUUUCCGUAACGGUGUCUGCCGCAAUCUUGUCUGUUCCGACCUCUUGACGCGUGGUAUCGACAUUCAAGCGGUGAACGUCGUCAUCAACUUCGAUUUUCCCAAGAACUCGGAGACCUAUCUCCACCGUAUCGGUCGAUCAGGUCGCUUUGGACAUCUUGGACUUGCGAUCAAUCUGGUCACCUACGAGGAUCGGUUCAACCUGUACAAAAUCGAACAGGAACUGGGCACCGAGAUCAGCCCUAUCCCGCAAGUCAUUGACCGUGGAUUGUAUGUCGAUCCGAGCGCGACCCAGGACGAUGUGCAACGGCCCCAGCCGCAGCAGCCGCAGCAACAGCCACAACAGAUGAAAUCAGCGCAACCCAUGGGACCUCCCCGCCCUAUUGUGCAGCAUAUGCAACCCCAGCCACAGGUCCUUUACCAGAGCAAUGGUGGCGCUCCCCAACAACGAUCGCCAAUGCCCAUGCGGGCGAACGGAUCAAUGGCACCAGGGCCUGGGGCUUAUCGUGGCCAGCCAGGACCUCGAUGA